UGAUCGUUGGUUGGAUAUAAAACUCUUCAUCUAAAUGGAUCCAUACUGACAUUUUGGAUAUCUGGAUAUGAAUUAACCUCCCGAUUGAUUGACUGACUGACUGGCUCAUUGAUUACUUUUGGCUGCUGAUCAAAAGCUGUGGAGUUGCUGCUUCUGACAGGCUGUUUUAAUGCUGACUGGUUCAUACAGAGUAACUUCUGGACGAACUGUGGUUAGACUGGCACGAUGUUGAUCGUCUCAGUGCUCCUGCUGAAGUUGCUCCUCUCCUCUCCUCCCGUCUCGUCCUCUCCUCUGGCCAAGGAUCAGUCAGUGUGUGCCAGGACUUUCUGCGGUGCCGGUCGAGAGUGUGUGUCGACCGACAGAGGAGAACCCGUUUGUCGCUGUUUACAGCAGUGUGACGUGACGGAGAACUGGGUCUGUGGCAGCAACGGCAGAUCCUACAGGAACCACUGUGAGCUGCACAGAGACGCCUGCAUCACCCAGACCAAGAUACAUGUGGAGCACAGAGGACACUGUCUGGAGAAACCAACAAAGACAGAUGUGAGCCCCAUGGUGUGCUUCCUGUCAGACCGUGAUUGGCUGAGAGAGCGAGUGAUCCAGUGGGUUCAGGAGGAGGUUGAAUCUGACAACAUGGCCUCAAAUGUGACCUCAGCCGAUACGCUCCUGCAAACCUACUUCAAGACGUACAAUAACGGGGAUUCAGAGCUCGAUUCCAAAGAGUUCCUGAGCUUCCUGAAGCACAAUGAGACGGCCCUCAACCUCACGUACUCUAAUACGCUGGAGACUAACACGCUGCUGAGGUCUCUGUGUGUCGAUGCUUUGAUUGAGCUGUCGGAUGAAAACGCAGACUGGAAGCUGAGUUUAACGGAGUUCAUCAACUGCCUGACCCCCACCUACCAUCCAUAUGAGAGAAAGUGUGCUCUGGAGGAUAAGGUGUUCGAGGACGGAGCUGAAACGCGGAUGGAGUGUAACAAGUGUGUGUGUGCUUGUGGAAACUGGGUCUGCACCGCUCUGACCUGCGAUGGAGAGCAUCAGGUAGUGGAGGACGUUAAGGAAGGAGCAGAAGAAAUGACAGAAGAAGAGUGGAGCAGGAGAGUGGCCGAACUCAACGCUUUACAGGAGGACAGUCGACACUGA